CACUAUAACAACAAUAACAUAAAUUUUCUUUCAAAAAAACAAAAAAACCACAACAACUACUGCAACAACAAUAACAAAAGAAACAAACAAACAAAAAAACGAAAACAACAGCAAUAAAAGCACAACAAUCCAAGGAUUAAACAAGGAUUAUUUAAACAAUCUCUAGGAAAUUAUACAAAAAAGCAGACCUGAGACCUGAGCAAAAGCAACCCACCCACAAUCAUUUCCUUUGGAACGUGCUUUCUAAAACACCCAAGUGUUGGCAAAAAUGUCGCGUUUUUUUGCAUUAUGAAAUUUUCCCUUUAAAUGUUAGAUUUCGGUAUUAUUUAAAUGAAAUCUUAAAUUAUUUUAAGUUCUAAAAAAGAAAACGGCGUAAUUUGUUUUUGUUAUUUUUUAAUUUUUUCUUAUUAUUUUUUUGUUAACCUAAAAAAAAGGAGAGAAAAAAUAUAAAGUCAAAUUUAUGUUUCUAACAUAAUUUCAAAAAAUUCUAAUUAAAAUUAUACAAAAUAAGAAGAAUAUAAAUUUUAAUAAUGUAUUACCAUACCUGGUAUUAUGUGACAAUUGGACUGUUUAUAAAUGGUUUUGGUUUUAAGGGAUUACAAGCUGAACAACAUCCAGCCACAGCAGAUGAAGGUCCUUUAUCUGAAGUACAAACAGCAGUGGGUUUGGAGGUGGCUUUACCUUGUGAUCUUAUGCCUGGCACUAUGAUAGCCGAUAAAGUACAAUUGGUGAUUUGGUAUAGACAGGGAAAUGUUAAGCCUAUAUAUACUUUUGAUGCCCGAGGUCGUUCAUUACAUCAAGGUAUACCCUGGGCGGAUGAGAAUGUUUUUAAAAAUAAGGCACAUUUUUAUUAUGACUCAAAUCCGCCAGCUUUAAGGAUUAAAAAUAUACAAAUAAGUGAUGCGGGUUUAUAUAAAUGUCGGGUUGAUUUUCAUAAAUCACCGACACGUAAUUGGAGAAUUAAUGUAACUGUAUUGGUGCCGCCCACACAACUGACAAUACUGGAUCACCAGGGUGCUGCUGUAAGAGACCAAACUGCCGGUCCCUAUUUGGAAGGUGACAGCAUUAAUUUAACAUGUUUAUCGAGUGGUGGUAUACCACCACCUCGUGUUUCAUGGUGGCGUGAACAUGCUUUGGUCGAUGAUUCAUUUCAAGUGCUACCAGAUGGUACAGUGCGCAAUGUGUUGCAUUUGAAAAAUAUUUCACGCAAGGAUUUGUUAACGGUUUAUACGUGUCAAGCUAGUAAUGGUCACGUUGUAGCAGCUUUAACCAAAAAAGUUAUAUUGGACAUGAACUUACCCCCUUUAAGUUUGCUAUUGCAGGGUUUAAAUCAUGCCUUAGUAGCGGGGACCAGAACCCAUGUUACCUGUACAGCUGUGGGCGCUCGACCAGCACCACAAAUCAUAUGGUCCAAAGGUGGACAGCAGAUAAAAGGUGCUACACAAUCGACUUCCAGCGAUGGCAAUACCACUGUCUCGGAAUUAAUUUUAAUUCCUGUACCCGAAGAUAAUGAACGUCAAGUACAAUGCUCUAUAUCCCUUAAUCCCAGCAUGACCUCACAACAUUUACCCGAAGGUCAUACCACUAUAACAACGGUUAUGGCUAAUGGUAAUACCGGUUUAUUUUUAAAAGACUCUAGGGUAUUAAAUGUUACACAUGCCCCCAUUGUUUCUUUAAGUCUGGGUGCUCCCUUGGAUCCAAAUAAUUUAUUGAAAGGUUCUGAUGUUUAUUUAGAAUGUGAAGUUAAGGCUAAUCCAGGUAUUACCAAAGUGGAAUGGUAUCACAAUGUAAUUUUACUUUUCGAAAACUUUAACAUCAGCAACAUGAAAUUCCUUAUCGUUGUUUUGGCCGCUCUAGCUUUGGCUGCUCCUACCUUGGCUACCACCUAUAACCGUUGUUCUUUGGCUAAAGCCAUGUACAAUUUGGGUGUUCCAAAGGAUCAAUUGGCUCGUUGGACUUGCAUUGCUGAGCAUGAAUCCUCGUACCGUACUGGAGUUGUGGGACCUACCAAUUCUAAUGGCUCCAAUGAUUAUGGUAUUUUCCAAAUCAACAACUACUACUGGUGUCAACCUUCUAACGGACGUUUCUCCUACAACGAAUAUUCGUUCUUAAAAUUUACAGAUCUUCCUGAUGCCAUUAAAAACUGUACGGCCUACAAUGCAACCGCAAAUUCUAUGCAGAUUCAGUGUAUACCUGGCUAUGAUGGUGGUAUACCACAACAUUUUCAUGUACAAGUUUAUGAUGAAUUGAAUCGUCAAAUCUUAUAUAAUACUUCAUUUCGUAAUCCUGAAUUUACCGUUAAACGUUUACCAAGUGAUUCGGUAUUUGUUAUACGCAUAACUGCGGUCAAUGCUCAGGGUGCUAGUAAAAUUUCCUAUCGUGUACGUGGUCGUACGCUUUCGGCACCACUGUUGAGAACAGCAUCCUCUACGGCGGUUUUAGUUCAGCUAACACCAUUGCUAGGAGCAUUAGUUGGUGUCAUAGCAACACUUGUACUGGUGGCCAUUUGUAUUGUGAUUUUCAUGAAAUUUCGUACAAAACACACACGUCGCGGCCCAAAUGGUGAUACCACAACAACUGAAGCAGACAAAGGUAGUGCUGAACCACUCUCACGCAACAUGGGCAGUCAUUCAAGUUUAGAGGAUAAAAAUCCUGAUGUUAUACCACAGGAAACGAAUAGUGAGGAUGAAUUUCAUUUAGAGGAGAAAGCAUUCGAUCGUUUGAAUAUGGAAUCACAGCGUAUUUUAUAUACACCUACAUCGAGAAUAAAUACACAAUCACCACCACCGCCCUCACUAUCGCCAACAUUUGGCAAACAGUAUGGUGAACUAUCGUUGACAACAAAUCCCGCCUUUAGUCUAUAUAAUACACCACAACGAGCUCCUGCUACCCAAAGACCUGUUUAUACAGCCCCACCACCCCUACUAUCCACACGAACGCCACCAAAUAUUUACACACGCAUACCCGGACGCACCUAUUUACCAGCUUAUGAGACACGCACAUCACCCACCUCUCCCUAUGGCUCAACGACAACCUGUACAAUGCCACUAUUGGGAGGACAAUCGAAUGGUUCACUGCAAACAAACAGUAGUACAGGUACUGGCAUGAUUGGCAGUAUGUCCGGUGUAGGGGGAGUUGGUGGGAAUAGCAUUGGUAGUAGCGGUGGCGGCGGUUCACUAAGUUUAACCAGCGGCAAUACAAUGGGCCACUGCAAUACAUUGCCACAUCCUAAUACACAACAUCAACAUCAAAAUCCAAUAUCAACAGCGUUGACCUCAUCGCUAACAUCGGGGAAUAUAACGAUUGGUGCUGCACAAUCCCUGCUCACGUCACCGCGUACUCAUUCAGCGUAUAGUAAUUCAACGACAACAACAAUACAAUCACCACUUCUAGCCACUAGCACUCUAUUGGGAAAUGGAAAUUAUGAAACGAUAUCUUCCUGAGAAUUACCUAAAGAUGACAUUAAAUGUCAGAUUGUAUGUAUUGGUGGGAGUAGUACGUGUACAACAACAACGUCCUCGGCAGAACGUACAACAAUUGUUUAGAGUGUAGAUAUGAAUAACAAACAAACAUACAAACAACAAAAUAAUAUAACUAAAUUAUAAUUUUAAGGUUUUUUUUUAUAGGUUUUUCGUUCUUUUUCUGUAUUAUAAACUAAGUAAGGGAAUAAUUAUUAUUUCUAUUAAACAAUUUUAUAUUAUUUAGUUCUUGUUGAAAACAAACAAUAAUUUUCUUUUUUCAGUAGAUUUUAUAUGCUCAACAAAAACUUGAAAUCGUUACAGUUUCAAAGCAAACUAAGGCUUUUAGGAGGUGAGAAUAUGUAAAGAGAAAGUCGCCAUGGAAGUUAAUUUUGUUAAUUUCAUGAAAAGCUUUUUAGAAGUUUUUUUAACUAAAUAUUAGACCAACCACCCCCUUUUAAACUAUAGUUAGCAAAUUUUUAAAACCAAGGGUCUCCGUUUUUAUUGUAAAACGAUUUUCUAAAGAAUGCUAAGUAAGGUCCGAUACAUACGAAGUCACUUAUAUUACAUGAUCUUGUUAAUAAGUGAAGUCUAUAAAAGGCACUAAGUAUGAAGUCUAGGGCCAGUGAGGUGUGAUCGGUAUGGAAAUUAGCAAUAUCAUAAGAAGUUAGUUUUGCCGAUUCUCACAGAGUAUAUUUGUACUUAUAUCACUAUUAGGGUGUCCAGUUCGAGAUCAUUUUAAGCUCUUUCUAUAGACAUAGUUUUUAGGUAAAAUUUUGUCAAAUUUUAUCAAAUAAUCUUAUAAUCUUGAGAAUUUGGUCUGUAUCUCGAGCUCAAGAUUUACUUUGACACACACAGAUGGACAGACAAACAAAAUGGUCUUAGGACACUUAGUAAAAAAAUAUUAUAUAAAGCAUUUUCAUAAAACUAAGAUUAUAGAACAAAUUUUUAAAAAUUUCACAUGAAUUAUCUUGAAAACUUCGAUAUUAUCUCAAGAUAUACUUUGUCGGACAAAGAGUGCAUUUAGCUAUAUGGAGGCUAAGUGUUAGCCUAUUCCAAGUUAACCAUUUUCAUUAGACUUAGGUCUAAGACUAAAUUUUAUAAAAUUAUUUGGACAGUUUCGAAUUUUUAAUUCUCGACAAGAGAAUUCUGUCUCUCUAUCACACACAGA